UCCUCGGCAGGACUGGCUUCACUGUUUUUAUAGUUCAUCAACUGAACUUGCUCCUCUUAUGUUUGGGUGGACCUCCAGUGAUGUAGGAGCUGAUUGGUAAUAUGCAGGGACCAUAGUCCCAUACACACUCCCAGGUCCUCUGCCUGUGACAAGUCUGUCCCUGCAAUCUCGGCUAGCUGCCUGAGUGUUACAAUCCCUGAGGAGACCUGGACAGUGUGGGAGUAGUCCCACCAGAGAUGUCCAGAUGUCCACCAUAAACUAGGGGCUCUUCCAGCAGCCAGUGUAAUGUCCUGCAUUCCUUACACUGUUUUUUUGAAACAGUUCCAAAUUUUAAAAAGUUCAUGAUAAAAAAUGGGUAAUCCAUUCAUGUCCAGCAUUCUUGUGUCAACUAAAAACAAAGUUCUGUCCAUUCCCAUUCCUCCCACCAUGUGCAACGCUCUGUAAGCUGGUCCUCUCCACACUAGAUUUCUGGGUCCAGUGAGGAGUCUCUGUAUGAAGUGGAGUCAAAGGCUGCAGUUCUGAUGCCAAGCUGGACCAGCCCUUGCCCUCCUUUCUUUUUAGGCAAAUGUAGAACGCUCUGAGGAAUCCAGUGUAAAACAUCCCAGAAGUAGUCCACUAACAGGGCCUGGAUGUCUGCUAGCAGGUUUGGCAGUGGAUUUACGCAUGCCAGCUUGUGCCAUAGGGAUAAUGCUGCUAGGUAGUUUAUGAUCAGUAUAUACAACCUUCCACAAGUAUAAAAUAUCCCCCUGUAGGAUAUUUUUGGGACCAGCCAUUUCCACAUGCCCAGUCUGCAUUUGACCUUUUCAACAAUGCCUUCCCAGUUUUUAUUUAAAAACUCAGGGCUACCCAGGUGGACACCCAAGUAUUUAAAAUCACCCUUUUUCCAUCCUAGACCUCCUGGUAGUGUUGGCAGCCCCACUCCCCAACUAAAAUGGCUUCGCUUUUGGCCCAGUUAACUUUAGCAGAUGCUAAAAUCUCAAAGUCUUUUUAAAAGGUCAAUUUUUUUUUUUAAAAGGUCAAUUAAAACAAACAUUCACAUCUGUCUGUGUGCCUACUGUAACUACCAAGUCAUCAGCAUAUGCUGAGAGAUAGAAAGAAGCAUUGGAAUUAGGUAUGUUAAAACCAGAGUCUGGAGGUGAUGACGUACUGAAACUAUCGCGAGACUCCGGGUGAGAUCCAACAUGGCGGCGCACUGAAUACUGUUUGUAAACACAGGAUUACAGAAAUACUUUCAAUCCAAUUCCUUCCGCAUAAACUGGAUAUAACAUCUCAACAAGAACCGAACUGUCUACCUACCUUCUCCGACGGCCACUUCUUCAUUCCGGGCAACAUGACAUCUGAACCGACCAAGAAACGUCCAACACGUGACUGGUCUACCGAGACAGACUCAGACACGGAGCAACACGCUACCACCGACAGCAAUACUACAGCUAUCUACACAUCCAUCGAGACUGAGUUAAAGGAGGAGCAGAUGAUAUCCCAGCAGAGAAUCCAGGAGAAGCAGAAGAAGGUGCAGGAGCUGAAACAGGCUGUGAACAUUAUAAAGCUCAGUGCACAGACAGCAGUGGAGGACAGUGAGAGGAUCUUUACUGAGCUAAUCAGCUCCAUGGAGAAAAAGUGCUCGGAGGUGACAGAGCUGAUCAGAGAUCAGGAGAAGGCUGAACUGAGUCAAACUGAACGGCUCCUGGAGCAACUGGAGCAGGAGAUUGCUGAUCUUCAAAGGAGAGUUACUGAGCUGGAACAGCUUUCAUACACACACGAUCACAUCCAUUUCCUCCAGGUUUUAGCUUCUGGACGUCAGUCUCCUCCAUUCAGUAGACCAAAUUUUCAAGCAUCCAGCAUCACUGCCCAUCAACCUCUCUCAUUUGACAGAGUGAGGCAUUUUUUCUCAGAUCUGAAAAAGACACUUGAGGAAUUCUGUGAGCAGGAAUUCAACAAAAUCCCUCCACAUGCUGCAGCAAUUCAGAUAAUUUCACCACCAGAGCCACAGAGCAGAGAAGAGUUUCUGAAAUAUUUCUGUUAUCUGACUCUGGAUCCCAACACGGCACAUCGUAACCUCAUGCUGUCUGAGAAGAACAGAAUGGUGAGAUACAGUGGACGUGAGCAGCAGUACUCUGAUCAUCUAGAGAGAUUUGACUCCAGGACUCAGGUGUUGUGUAAGGAGAAUAUGUGCGGACGCUGUUACUGGGAGGUAGAAUGGAGCGGUGUUGGUAGUGUGGAUAUAUCAGUCUCAUAUAAAGACAUCAGCAGGAAAGGACGGGAUAAAGAGUCUGGGUUUGGUUACAACAAUCAGUCCUGGUGUCUUUGGUGUUCUUCUUCUUCUCUCUAUUUCUUUCACAACAAUAUUAAAAUUGAUGUCAGAGUUCCAUCAUCCUCCAGAAUAGGUGUGUAUGUGGAUUAUAGUGCAGGAACUUUGUCUUUCUACAGUGUCUCUGACAAAAUGAAGCUCCUCCACAGAGUCCACACCACAUUCAUUCAGCCUCUAUAUGCUGGAUUCUGGCUCUCCUGGUUUUCUGGUUCUGCUGUGAGAUUGUGUGAUCCAGAAUAGAAAAGUGUGUUGUGUUUUAUUUUUGUGUUUUAUUCCUGAACAUUACCACAUUGCUGCUCGAUCAUCUGUUUUACUGGAACACAAUCCAGAUGCACAAAAUCCAGUCAUUGUAAUAUUUAAAUUAAAACAGAUGAAUAAAAUAAUCCAUCCAUUAGCUGUAACCAUUUAUCCUGUGCAGCAACACGGUAAGCUGGAGCCUAUUCCUGCUGACUAUGGGCGAGAGGCGGGGUACACCCUGGACAAGCCACCAAAUCAUUGUAGGGCUGACACAGAGACAACAAAACAAAAAAAACAAUUCACACCUAUGGUCAAUUUAGAGCCACCAAUUAACCUAACCUGCAUGUCUUUGGACUGUGGGGGAAACUGGAGCACCUGGAGGAAACCCAUGCAGACAUGGGGAGAACAUGAAAACUCCACACAGAAAGGCCCUCGUCGGCUACUGGGCUUGAACCCAGAACCUUCUUGCUGUGAGGCAACAGUGCUAACCACUACAUCACUGUGCCACCCUGAAUAAAAUAAUUAAAAAGGAGAUGUUAAAAAUCAACUGUCAGACAAGAAACUUGUAAAGUUUGAAAAGAAAAGAAUUUCUCAUGACCUAAGCAUAAUAAAGUUCUGUUUGUUUCAUAUUAAGCAACACCUCAUUAAAUAACUAAUAAACAGUAAUUAAGCCAGUGUAAAACAUUUUAAACCUGUUCAGGUCACACUAAAAAUCUCAUCUCAUCUCAUUAUCUUUAGCCGCUUUAUCCUGUCUUAUAGGGUCGCAGGCAAGCUGGAGCCUAUCCCAGCUGACUACGGGUGAAAGGCGGGGUACACCCUGCAUACAUGUCAACCUAUACGGAAUGUCCGUAUUUUAUACGGAUUUGAUUCAAUAAACAUAGUAUACGGGCAUAUAAAUAAAGUUAUACGGAUUCUUUAAAAAAACUUCAAUAUUUAUUUAGAGCUAUAAUCAAUUCCCACGAUGAUAAACGUAUUGUACACCACAGCCAGCCAGUAAAGAGUCUUAUGAAAUCGCAUGUUAUCUUGUAGUAGCGAGACUUCGUUCCACUUUUGAUCAUGCGCACACCGCAUUGCGAGAAUCCCGCCAACCGUGAAGUCAUAGACAUAUAAACAUAGACGCCGCCUUCUGCGUAGAAUCAUACGUCAUCCUCGCCGCCAUAUUGGAUGGGGCAAAGUGGAGAUUCUUCAGCCGUCUCUGGUAUACAGUAGCCGAGAAUAAAGAUGCCUCAUUCAUGUGCUGCGUUUAACUGUACCAACAGGUUUACCGUCCAAACAAGAUCACAUGCGAUUACCUUUCACAGGUGAGACUGGAAAAAUACUUUGUAUUCAUUCUGAAGGUUUAUCUCAUCUCAUCUCAUCUCAUUAUCUCUAGCCGCUUUAUCCUUCUACAGGGUCGCAGGCAAGCUGGAGCCUAUCCCAGCUGACUACGGGCGAAAGGCGGGGUACACCCUGGACAAGUCGCCAGGUCAUCACAGGGCUGACACAUAGACACAGACAACCAUUCACACCUACGGUCAAUUUAGAGUCACCAGUUAACCUAACCUGCAUGUCUUUGGACUGUGGGGGAAACCGGAGCACCCGGAGGAAACCCACGCGGACACGGGGAGAACAUGCAAACUCCGCACAGAAAGGCCCUCGCCGGCCCCGGGGCUCGAACCCAGGACCUUCUUGCUGUGAGGCGACAGCGCUAACCACUACACCACCGUGCCGCCCAUAAGGUUUAUUGUUAUUAAUAUUGAAUAAAAAGUAACUGGGAUAUAUCAUUGCUAAUUAUCAUUCAAAUUUUAGGUAAAUUAUUUUAAUUUGCAUCUUAUACGGAUUUUAUAAGGGAAAUACGGAUUUUGGAGGUUGGUUAUACAGGUUUGAUUGACCAAAGGUUGACAUGUAUGACCCUGGACAAGUCGCCAGGUCAUCACAGGGCUGACACAUAGACACAGACAACCAUUCACACUCACAUUCACACCUAUGGUCAAUUUAGAGUCACCAGUUAACCUAACCUGCAUGUCUUUGGACUGUGGGGGAAACCGGAGCACCCGGAGGAAACCCACGCGGACAUGGGGAGAACAUGCAAACUCCGCACAGAAAGGCCCUCGCCGGCCAUGGGGCUCGAACCCGGACCUUCUUGCUGUGAGGCGAGAGCGCUAACCACUACACCACCGUGCCGCCCCCUAUAUAAAAAUAAAAUCACUUUUAGAAUGAAUUUUAUUUUUCUGCUUGUGUUCUCAGAUGUAAAAUACACAUUCACUUUUUUAAAAUCUGAAGUUGUUUCUCAAUCCUGAAAUUUGAUUGUAAAACAUUGAACACUAUUUAAACUCCAUUACAACAUGCAGUACAGUACAUGAUUAGUUAAGGCUGACGAGUUCAUGCCUAAUGAUAAGCCCGCAGGUAGAACCGUAUAAAUCCAGGUUUAUCUGUGAGUUUGGAUUUUUUUAUUCAAAUAUUAUAAAGUUUUGCAAAAUAAACGAUAAGACCACAGGAGAAUAAAGUUUCCCCCAGUGAUGAAAUUUAUGUGGUUAACUCAUUUUCAGACAGAAGCUUUUAAGACUGAAGUCAGGAUGUCAGUAAGCCACUGUACUGACACACAAAGGGUUUUUUUUGUUUUGUUUUUUUUGUUCCUCCACUUUCGAUGUAUAUUUUUCAGUUAUUUAAUCCGUGGGAAAUAACUAGAGCGUCUUAAAUAUGUGUUUGUGAAAAUCACUGUAAACCUAUCUGACUUUUUUUUCCUCCAAAAACAUCUCUUUUAAUGUUGUCCUAUAUUGUAUGUGGGAAUAAUGAUGAUAUGUCUCUGUUAACUGGAUCUGUCUGUGGUCUGAAACCUGAUUUAGAUUCUGAACAUGAUUGUUGGAAUUUUUUAUUGUUUUAAAAGUCCUUUUCAUCUAUCCAUCCAUCCAUUAUCUGUAGCCACUUAUCCUGUUCUACAGGUUCGCAGGCAAGCUGGAGCCUAUGUCCUUUUCAUCUCAACUCAUCUCAUUUUCUCCAGCCGCUUUAUCCUGCUCUAUUACAGUUCUCUAUUCUGAUUGGUCAGAAAGUGUUGAUUACUUUUCUGUAACAGCAGCUCUGACUGUAGCGUAGGUUUUGUAUUAAUGUGCUCCUUCUAAUACGUUUUGUUACUAUAGUAACAGCUCAUUCAUGUAAAAUGAUUUUAGACCGGUGUGUUAACAAAUAAAAAUGAAAGAAACGUG